UGCCGCGUUUCUCUACAAUACCAGUGACGUCAUCACACACACCCAACACCUAUAUUCAGGAACAAAAAACGGAAAAUAAUUGACAACACAAGAGAUUUUUGUCCGUGCGUCACGGUUCGAUGCCGUCCGCAUGCUCCAGUUCCGCUGCUCUAGUUCCGCUGCUCCGGUGCCGCUGUGGCCAGUCCUACAACGACCAAACUCGACCCGCUCUGCUUCGUACACGCUCUCGUUGCUGUCCUCCCCAGUCGGUUCCUCGUUUUCUCCCUCGUUGCACUCAGGGUUCUUGGCCUGA